CCUUGCACCCUCCUUCUCUGCCUCGGGGAGUGACGGGACUCGCCCCGGCGGCGGCCGCCUUGCCCCGAGGGGCGCGUGCACUCGUUUUUCCGGCGGAGGGAGCGCGGCUCGCUGCGCGCUGCGUCCUACAAGAAGCACUGACGUAGGGGAGGGCCGGCAGUCGGCGCGGGAGCGGCCGGCGCUGGUUGCGCUGUGUCUCGCUGUGGUGUCGCGGUAGCGCGGGGCGGACGGCCGUGCUGGCCCCAGGGCGGUGGUCGCCGUCGCAGCGGCGCCCUCGGCGGAGAGGGCCGAAGCGGCCGGCCGAGCUGGGGAUGGGGAGGGCCGGGUCCCGCAUCUCUGCCGGGCGCGCGUGCGGCUCCGAGCGCGCACAGUGACGGCGACGGCGCCCCUGGCCCGGCAGCGCCGAGGCCGCUUCGCCAGGGAGCCCGCGGCCGGCGGCGGCCGGGCCAUGAAGAGCGGGCGAGGCCCGGUCAGGCCUCGCUGACCCCGGCCCCGCGCGGCGGCCUCCCCCGUUUCCGCUCCGGCCUCUCGGCAUGAGCGUCCGCCCGGGCCCGGGGCCCCGGCUGCCCCAGUCUGGCGGCCCGCGGGGGCGCUGCGGGCCGGCGGGCCCGCGGUGCUGAUCCCGGCCCGCUGCGCUGCCCCCUCGCCCGCUGUGUGCCCCGGGGGCGCGGUCAUGGAGGUGGUGGGCGACUUCGAGUACAGCAAGAGGGACCUCGUGGGACACGGGGCCUUCGCCGUGGUCUUCCGGGGGCGGCACCGCCAGAAAACUGAUUGGGAGGUAGCUAUUAAAAGUAUUAAUAAAAAGAACUUGUCAAAAUCACAACUACUACUUGGGAAGGAAAUUAAAAUCUUAAAGGAACUGCAGCACGAAAAUAUUGUAGCUCUCUAUGAUGUUCAGGAAUUACCCAACUCUGUCUUCCUGGUGAUGGAGUAUUGCAAUGGUGGAGACUUGGCAGAUUAUUUGCAAGCUAAAGGAACUCUGAGUGAAGAUACUAUCAGAGUGUUUCUGCAUCAGAUUGCAGCUGCCAUGCGAAUUCUGCACAGCAAAGGAAUAAUCCAUAGGGAUCUGAAACCACAGAACAUCUUGCUGUCUUAUGCCAAUCGCAGAAAGUCAAGUGUCAGUGGUAUUCGCAUCAAAAUAGCGGAUUUUGGUUUUGCUCGUUACCUACAUAGUAACAUGAUGGCUGCAACUCUGUGUGGGUCCCCAAUGUACAUGGCUCCUGAGGUUAUUAUGUCUCAACAUUAUGAUGCUAAGGCAGACUUGUGGAGCAUAGGAACAGUGAUAUAUCAGUGCCUAGUUGGAAAACCACCUUUUCAGGCCAAUAGCCCUCAAGACCUAAGGAUGUUUUAUGAAAAAAACAGGAGCUUAAUGCCUAGCAUUCCCAGGGAAACAUCACCUUAUUUGGCUAAUCUCCUUUUGGGUUUGCUUCAGAGAAACCAAAAAGAUAGAAUGGACUUUGAAGCAUUUUUUAGCCAUCCUUUUCUUGAGCAAGUUCCAGUAAAAAAAUCCUGCCCAGUCCCAGUGCCUGUGUAUGCUGGCUCUGUCUCUGGAGGCUCCUGUGGCAGCUCUCCAUCGUGUCGUUUUGCCUCUCCACCGUCCCUUCCAGAUAUGCAGCACAUUCAGGAAGAAAACUUAUCCUCCCCACCGUUGGGUCCUCCCAACUAUCUACAAGUGUCCAAAGAUUCUGCCAGUACUAGUAGCAAGAACUCUUCUUGUGACACGGAUGACUUUGUUUUGGUUCCACACAACAUCUCGUCAGACCACUCAUAUGAUAUGCCAGUGGGAACUGUUGGCAGACGUGCUUCAAAUGAGUUCUUGGUGUGUGGCGGGCAGUGUCAGCCUACUGUGUCACCUCACAGUGAAGCAGCACCAAUUCCAGUUCCUACUCAGAUAAGGAAUUAUCAGCGCAUCGAGCAGAAUCUUACAUCUGCUGCCAGCUCUGGCACAAAUCUGCAUGGUUCUCCAAGAUCUACGGUGGUACGAAGGUCUAACACCAGCCCGAUGGGCUUCCUCCGGCUGGGAUCCUGCUCCCCGGCACCGGCAGACACAGUACAGACAGUUGGACGAAGACUCUCUACUGGGUCUUCCAGGCCUUACUCACCAUCCCCUUUGGUUGGUACCAUUCCUGAGCAGUUGAGUCAGUGUUGCUGUGGGCAUCCUCAGGGCCAUGAAUCCAGGAGUAGAAACUCGUCAGGUUCUCCAGUGCCACAGGCUCAGUCCCCACAGCCUCUCCUGUUGGGUGCUAGACUACAGAGCGCCCCCACCCUCACUGACAUCUACCAGAACAAGCAGAAGCUUAGAAAGCAGCACUCUGACCCCGUGUGCCCAUCCCAUGCCGGGGCUGGGUACAGCUACUCACCUCAGCCCAGUCGGCCUGGCAGCCUUGGGACCUCUCCCACCAAGCACAUGGGGUCCUCUCCGCGGAGUUCUGACUGGUUCUUUAAAACUCCAUUACCAACAAUUAUUGGCUCUCCUACUAAGACCACGGCUCCUUUCAAAAUCCCUAAAACGCAAGCAUCUUCCAACCUGCUAGCCUUGGUUACUCGUCAUGGGCCUUCUGAAGAGCAAUCUAAAGAUGAGAAUGACCCGCGGGAAUGCUCUCAUUGUCUCUUAGUGCAAGGAAGUGAGAGGCAGAAGCCUGAGCAGCAGAACAAGGCAGUGUUUGGCAGAUCUGUCAGUACUGGGAAAUUAUCAGAUCAACAAGUAAAGACGCCUUUAGGUGGACAUCAAGGGAGCACGGAUAGUUUAAAUACAGAACGACCAAUGGAUAUAGCCCCUGCAGGAGCCUGUGGUGUUGUACUGUCACCUCCUGUAGGAACAGCAGCAAGUUCCAGGGCUGUCCUCUUCACUGUAGGAUCUCCUCCACACAGUGCCACUGCCCCAACUUGUACCCACAUGGUCCUUCGAACUAGAACAACGUCAGUGGGCUCCAGCAGCUCCGGAGGUUCCCUGUGCUCUGCAAGUGGCCGUGUGUGUGUGGGUUCCCCGCCUGGGCCAUGCCCAGGGUCUUCCCCUCCAGGAGCAGAGAUAGCUCCCAGCCUGAGAUACAUGCCUUAUGGUGCUUCACCCCCUAGCCUAGAGGGGCUCAUCACCUUUGAAGCCCCGGAACUGCCAGAGGAGACACUGAUGGAGCGAGAACACACAGACACCUUACGCCACCUGAAUGUGAUGUUGAUGUUCACUGAGUGUGUGCUGGACCUGACAGCUGUGCGGGGAGGGAACCCAGAGCUGUGCACAUCCGCUGUCUCCUUGUACCAGAUUCAGGAGAGUGUGGUUGUGGACCAGAUCAGCCAACUGAGCAAAGACUGGGGGCGAGUGGAGCAGCUGGUGUUAUACAUGAAAGCAGCACAGCUGCUGGCAUCAUCUCUGCAUCUCGCCAAAGCCCAGAUCAAGUCCGGGAAACUGAGCCCAUCCACAGCUGUGAAACAAGUUGUCAAAAAUCUGAAUGAACGAUAUAAAUUCUGCAUCACCAUGUGCAAGAAGCUUACAGAAAAGCUGAAUCGUUUCUUCUCUGACAAACAGAGAUUUAUUGAUGAAAUCAACAGCGUGACUGCAGAGAAACUCAUCUAUAAUUGUGCUGUAGAAAUGGUUCAGUCUGCAGCCCUGGAUGAGAUGUUUCAGCAGACUGAAGAUAUUGUUUAUCGCUACCAUAAAGCAGCCCUUCUUUUGGAAGGCCUAACUAAGAUUCUCCAGGACCCUGCAGAUAUUGAAAAUGUACAUAAAUAUAAAUCUAGUAUUGAAAGAAGAUUGUCGGCACUCUGCUAUAGCGCCUCGGCCAUGUGAGCGGCAGCAGGCUUGUCCGCGGACCAGUGGUGGGAUGUGAAGGGAUGCGUCUGCGAGUAUAGCUUGGAUUCGGUUGCCCCAUCCCCAGGAAACUGUAGUUUCUUACCUGGUGAUUACCAAAGAGCAAGCAGUCAUUUCAAAAAGGAAAACAAUCCAAAAACUACAUAUUUGUAGGAAAUCUGCCUUAUCAGAGAUGCUACCCCUUCCCUUUCUUUGUAGGGCAGAAGCAAGAGUAUUCCACUUGGCUCUCACUUUGAACUUGGUAAAUAAAUGUACGUUAGAACUAGAAUUAUCAGUACAGUUAUUCUUAAGGAUAAUUAAGAAUGAAACAAAGUGAGUGGCUCUUCACUCAGUUCACCAGAGCAAUGUGUGAAAUUCCACAUGUUUACUGAGGGAUAAAAGUGAAAAAACCUACAUCUCAUCCAGGCAGUUUGAUACAUGGGUAAGUUUGUCUAAAUCUGAGCACGCGUCCUUAACCAGCUCAGGAAGCGAUAGCUUAAGAAGCAGCGAAAGAUGGCUCUUGGAAGAAAUUGUGAAAUCUUCAAUUUGAUCUAAUAUGGACACACGUUAAUCUUCCAGAAUCUUUCAUAUUGCACUAAUUUAUUAAAACAACUGUGUAUUGGAUUUUACAGUUUGAAACUAACUGAGGCGCAAUAGACUUGUUUAAAAUAUUUUACUUGGUUAUAUACACAUCCCCUUUCCAGAAUUCACAUGUAAUCUGUAUGGACUUUUCUCUGGUAAAAGCUUGUGUUCAUGUGAACCUUCGAAUUUUUUUGACCUAUCCAUCUACACCUGCAAAUCUGCUAAGUGAUGUUUUUGAGUUGCUGGUGGUUUGCUUUUGGUUGCAUUUUUUGUGCAUGUAGAAUGUGCAUUGAUGCCUGUGACCUCUAGGUUUAUUAAAGGCUAGGUUUAUUUGGGCAGUAGUAGAAAAAAUACCAAUCAAGAGAUUCUCUCAAGAAUUUUAUAGGGCCAAAACAAAGCUGGUGAUCUAAAAGGCUUGUUGGUGAUGUGAAGUUUCUACAUGAGGUUAGUGAAAAAUCAAGUUUGUUUUCUCUUAGGAAAGCGGGCAGCUCUCUUCAGCCUACUGUGUAUUUUUUAGGUUGAUCCUGACAGUUCACCCAAUAGCUAGUCAUGGAGAAUGCAGGCAGUUAACACCCCUCCAGGAAUGGUUCCUACAUUGUAUAUUAUUUGAUUUUUUUUUUUUUUUUUUACUUAUCUGCUUGAAUACUUGAAUAAACCAUUCUCCAGUUUUAAUCUCUUUAUUUUAAUCCUUUUAGGUAAUAUAAUCUGAACUCUGACAAAUUGCACAGAAGCUCUUUGGCAUUAAUCUAAUUUUAGUGUACUGAUUAAAACAAACAAAAACAUGGUUUUCCUUUACUUUGACGAAGUAAUGUAAUUUUUACCUUAUUUAUCUCUAUGAAAUUCCAGCAAUUAAUUUGAACAUUUAUUUAUAUGAUGUUUGUAUUUUUAGGUCUUUAAUACAGUGUUUCUACCUCUCAUUUGUAACUGCAUGCAUUAUUCUUGAAACUAGGUAAAACUCACUGAAUUGUUGUGUAAUAACCUUUUUAUUAUUGCCUGUACAGAUAUAUAUUAAGGUAAAAUAAAACUGACAAAGUGUUUCUAGGGUAAAACUGGGUCCGUAUUACGUGGCUUAUUAGGCCAGGUCCUUCCUCAGUGAGUUUGGAGGCUUGGUCAUUAAUAUUCUUUGUCCUGCUCCAGAUUUCAGGUUCUCGGUGACUGUCACACAGGCUGCCAGGAAUGUAGACUAGUGAGGGUUCCUGCCCCUCCCUCAGAGUUCGAAGCACUGUUGUUAGUGAUACUCUAUUUUGUAUAGUUUUUUUUUUGAGUCUACAGGGCAAUUUUCUUUAUUUUCUCUCAGAUAUCACCCAUGUUAUCUCAAUGGAUCCUUUAAGUGGGUGGGUUGAUUCUGACCCUUUCUCCCCUUCCAUUUUUUUUUUAAACACAGGAUGAAACAGGUUCAUAGAGAGUAAGUGAUUGGUCUGAAGUCAGGUAACUGGGGAAGUGGUUAAGCCAUGCUUUGUGACUUCCAAGUUCAUUCUUCCUCUUGUGUAAUAAAGGUCUGUGGUAGAUAGUGUGUGUGAAACCGAGAAGUCUGAACAGCAGAGGAGAACAAACUGUAAAUUCAUGAAUAAUGAUUCUGAUUAUACUUCCGUUAUCAAGGCCAAUUGUUUUAAGAGAUUUUGCCUUGAUUAUAGCAAUAAUAAACAAACGCUUUAUGUUUCCAUGAGUAUUUUUUAAUUUCGUAUCAUGUAUUUCAUAAAAUAGAAGUGAGCCAGUCCACACAGGCGUGAGUUGACACUUACAUUUAAGCCAUAACUUGGAACGUUAUUGACCAUAUGCAUCUCAGUAGAGGAGUAAUCAGUGGAUUUGCUCAGUGGCUGUUCCUGCUGUAAGGAUUUGCUGUGCCGUGCUCUGUGCUGAAUCUGAUGCCUCCCACAGUCCCAUGCUCCCUUCUCCCGGCCAUGAGGAAUACUAGAGAGCGAUUAUUCUGCCCCUCCUGGAGUCGUGAGAGGAGCUAGGAGAGUUUAUUGCCUCAAUCUCCACAGUGUACUAAGGAGGAAGUUGAGUUGGACACAGUGGACCUGAGGCCAUUGACUCAGUACCUGAAAAAAUCCUUGAGGUGAGAGAAGUCAUUUGAGCACAGGCCUUGGGGCAAGACUUCCACUUUUAAUGGAAGCUCCCUCCUUGUAGUUUCCAUCAUCAGUCUUAAAUUCUUUCUGGAACAAAGCCAAAUCGUAUUGCUCUAGGAAGAUUGCCUGCUGACAUACUUGACUGGGAGUAGCUGCUGCUCAGAGCUCCUGAUGUCCUCAGAAGCAUGUGUGCCCGCCUCUCCACAGCCUUGAGACAGUUUACUUCUGGGUCCUAGACCCUUGAAUCUUCAGCCAGGGAAGCUCUUGAGGCCUACCCAAGUCUCUUUCUUCUUUGUCAAAGCCUUUGUGAGAAGACUUUCUUUGGGAGAGGGGUCAAGAUGGUAUUUUCCUCACCUGAAUCAGAGGAAACCUCAUCAGAAGCAAUCCACCUGGAAAAGCCCUGCACUACAGGACACUGACCAACAGCCCUAAAAUCUCAGAUUUUGUGAAAGAGGCGAAGUCAAACAGGUGCAGGGUCGAUGUGAAUUCAGUGACCAGACUAUAGCAAAGAAAAGAUCAGAGGCUGAGGGCCUGCUGUCAGCGUGGCCCCACACACAGCCACCUGCAGAGGCUGUGCAGGGCAAGGACACGGGCACACGUGGUCCUGAGUGAGGCCGGUCUGCACUCUGUGCAGGUGAAACUAAUCUGUAGGUUUUCCCCUUUUCACAGAGGGCCUCUUAGCCCAGUUUUUAACGUGCCAUAAGGAUCUUUGUUGUUUAGUGUGUCCUCUUUCGACAGCCUCCAAGGAGCUUCCUGGGAGUGGAUCUGAGCUGUGGAGGCUGUGGAGGUGACUGAGCACUGGGCCUUGCCCUUGCCCUUGGCCUAGAGGCUUUCCUGAAGUCCGUACACAAGGGAGACACAGGGCUGGCCUGUCCUGGGCAAGAACGCUUGGGUGCACCAUAUGAGCGCUGCCCAGCGCUGAGACCAUCCUGCUCUGAGACUGCCCUGCUCUUUGAGAGUUUACUUACAUCACAAGACAGACCAGCUGAGCACUCGUUUGUGGAAAACUGUUCUCUACCUCCUUGGCGUAAGGGUCCACUUAGUCUGGGGCUCCAGCUCCCCUGUGCCUAGCUGUGUGUCCGUGGACAGGUUCCCUGACCUCUCCAUAUCUGUCAGACAGUGGGAACGGCACGGAGCUCAUAGAGUAGGGGUAAAAAUGAAGCAAGUGUGAAGUUGGAACAGCACUGGGCACAUCGUCCUUGGUGACGUUAGCUGUUGUAGGGUCAUUGGUCUGCAGCUCCUUGCUGUUCUGUUUUGUUUGGGGGAAAGGAGGAGAACAAUUUGUGUUGCGUUUCUUUGGGGCAAGGCCUGGAUUUAGGACUCACUGGAACCACAUUUGCUCUUGUUAUCUCGUUCAGAUAACUUCUGAAAGGACAGAGCUCCUUCUCCAGCUGACCCACCAGGCACGCUGCUUUCAGACAUCCUGUAAUUACCCUUUUAAGUUAAUGAAAUGCAGUUUAAUGAAAUGUUUGUAUCAAUCUAAUGUUUGUUACUUCAUUUGAUCCUCAUGUCAACCCUUAUUUGCCUCAUUUUACAGAUGGAAAAAACAGUCUUGGAGAGUAAUUUCCCCAAGAGAAAGGCCACAGGGCCGAUGGUGCUGGAAGCAGCCUGCUACCAGGCUUUGGACAGCCACGCUGCUGGGCUGGGAGCGCUGUCCUCUCUGCACGUGUGCCUGGAGUCCCACAUGUGCUCACUCCCGCGUCCUUCUGUCCCGGCUUUCUCGUGGUGUACAGGAAGAAGGGACAGAAGGCAGUCUUACGCCAUGUGGUGUGCAGAUGUCUGAUGCCGGACCCAUCUUCUCGCUAGUGGAAGGCAGCACAUUUCAAGAGCAGGUGAGGUCAGCAGCUCUGUGCAGCCGCUCGCUUGUCGGACUGGAGUUGAAGCUCAGGAGCAGUCGGUUUCAGAAACCACCGUUGAAACCCCCAGUGAGAGGGCUUCCUCGACAGAUCAAUAAACUUGUGCGUUUGACCGA